AUGGGCUCAGAAAGGUGGUCUUCUGAGAAUAAUAUUACAUUCAUGAAUCUCUACAGAGAACAAGAAAACCUAUGGAAUUGUUUUGAUAAAAAUUAUAAAAAUAGAGAUAUGAGAAAAGCAUCUUUGGAAUACAUUGCAAACGAAAUGAGUCUAGUUAACACCAGUGAGCCUAACGAUACACCGUCGGGGUCCAAAAUUUUGGAAGAUGAUGUUAGUCGGGACAUUGAUGAUAAGACUGAUAAUAAAUCAAUCGACUCCAGCGACAGCUCGUUGAUCAAAAAUAAAAUCCAGUUCAAUUGUUCUCAGCAAUGUGAUGAGUACGAUGUUAUUGGAAAACAUGUCGCUAUUCAACUGAGAGAGCUCCCAUUACUUGAUUUUAUAGACGCCAAAGAUGAAAUCCAACAAUUACUUUCCAGAUACCGAAAAAAAGCUAUAUGUGCCCGAAACACAUCUGCUUUUUCCUCAUAUAAUACAUCGUCGCCAACGUCCUACAUAUCGCUGACAUCACCAGGAUCCAGUGUACCAAGUGAUUCAUUCCCAAGACCUGUCCCAAUAUCUGAUCGGCCCGCAGAAACAGUUUCUCGGAAGCCAGUUCAAACAGUUGUUGGACAACCAUCAAAUGCAUCAUACGAGGGUAUCCACUUUGGUGAUCCACUAGUCAGAGCAAUGAUAGAUGCUGAUAUGAACAAUAUGCAAUAA